AUGGUCACAAAAGAAACGGCGACAAUGGAACGUACGGGAAAACUAAUGGUAAUACACUAUCUGGAAUUUAAUAGAAAUAAUAAACGUGGAACUGCUAAAAGAUUUAAUAUUCAACCAAAACAAGUACGCGACUGGUAUAAUAAUAAGGAAAAAUUAUUAAGAGCCAAUCAAAAUCCUGUCACUAGAAAAAUGAUGACAAAAAAAGCAACUGAAUUAUCUAGAAAUAAAGAAUUUUUGAAAAAUCAUCCAAACGUUAUUAAAUUCAAAUUUUCAAGUAGAUGGCUUGAUGGAUUUUUAUCAAGAUAUGAUCUUAGUAACCGCCGUAGAACAACUGUAGCACAACAUUUACCAUCUGAUUUGAUUGAAAAACAAAAUGUUUUUUUAAGUUACAUAUUAUAUAGACGAAUUCAAUUUGAUUAUCCGUUAAAAUAUAUUGGUAACAUGGACGAAACACCAAUGUGGUUUGAUUUACCAAGUAAUACUACUAUUGAUCACAAGGGCACAAAAACAGUUAAUAUUCGUACAACAGGACAUGAGCGUUCAUCUUUUACUGUUGUUCUUACAUGUAUGGCUGAUAGAAUUAAUGAAAAAGGAUGGAUGAAUGAAGAAGAAAUGCUUUGGUGGAUCGAAAAUGUAUGGGUCUCAAGAAAUCCUUUUAAUAAUACACGUUCUAUGUUGGUAUUGGAUUCUUUUCGUGGACAUAUUGAAGAUUCUGUCAAAAAUCGAUUGGCAGAAAAAAACACUAAUAUUGCUGUAAUUCCGGGUGGUUGCACAUCCAAAUUACAACCAUUAGAUGUUGCAAUUAAUAAAGUAAGAGAACGAUACAAUGAAUGGAUGUCAUCUUCUAUUAAAAUUCUUACUCCAGCCGGACGAAUUAAAAAACCUUCUUAUUCAACGGUAGCAACUUGGAUUAAGGAAUCAUGGGAUGAAGUUGAUAUUAACCUUAUUCAAAAAUCUUUUAAAUGUUGCGGAAUUUCAACUAAAACUGAUGGGGGUACUUUGGCCCGAAAACUACGGUAUCUUGCUAAAAUUUAA